AUUAUUACAAUUGGUGUUAUACGAGUUAACUGUACGGUACUUAGUCUAUCGUCGACACUGAGAUCAAUCAGUCGUGCAACAUGUUAAUCAAAAUUAUUUACAUUUUUUUAACACUCAGUCUCAAUUGUAUUUUCGUAUACGGGCAAUUGGCAGAUCAAAAGAGCAGUUUCGCUUUCGUAAUAGAUGACACCGGGUCAAUGCAAGAUGAUAUAGACCAAGUAAAGAGUAAAACGGAACUAAUAUUCGACAAGAUUGUGGCCUCUGGUACAUCAUCGAUUGGAAAUGUUGUUUUAGUGACAUUUAACGAUCCGGGUGUUCGACCGGCACUAAUAACGACAGACGUAAAUACAUUUAAGACCACAUUAUACUCAAUCGUUGCCGACGGUGGAGCGGAUUGUCCAGAGAUGGCGAUGACGGGAAUUGAAGUGGCUUUAUCAAAUACUCUGCCAAGAUCCUAUAUUUAUGUGUUCACCGACGCUUCGGCUAAGGACUACGAAAAAUUCCCAAAGAUCAAGAGAAUGGCACAAAAACAAGGAUCACAGAUAGUCUUCUUGCUAACGGGAGAGUGCAACCCUUUUUAUGAAUCUGAUCCUGGUUACAAAGUAUACCAUGACUUAGCUAGUGCUACUUCAGGACAAGUGUUUCAUGUUGAUAAAGGCGAAAUUGGACAGGUAUUAGAUUUCGUAGGUAAAACUCUUGAUCAAAGACGAGCCGUAUUGGCUACUGCAGUAUUACCACCUGGAUACGACAAAACCUUAAGCUUUCCUGCUGACAAAGAAAUUGACGAUAUUCACAUAGCUGUGUCAGGCUUAAAACCGAAAGCGGAAGUAUUAAAACCAGACGGCAGUGACGCUAAAACAACUGAUAUCUUCAAAAAUAGUAAGACUCUGGUAGUAGGUGUUGAAAAAUUGGGCUCAGGAAAUUUUACGGCCAAAGUUGGCAGUGAGACAAGUACGAGUGUUGUCAUAACCGGAGCCACUGCUAUCAACUUCCAACAUGGUUUUACUGGGUUCAAACCAACUUCAAUAAAAACCACCGUAACUAGACCCAUUGCAGGUAAACCGUCAUUUUUGGCAAUAGAAUUAUCAAGUAAAGCCAAGGAUGUUAAACUGAAUGAAGUUGAAUUAUUAGACCUAGAUGAUAACGUUAUCUCUGUACGACCAUUAAAAGAAGUCGGCAAAGAUUUCUAUGUGGCUGAAAAGGAGCUACCUCCAACUUCGAUUUUCAGAAUAGCGGUUAAAGGAUACAAUACAAAGACAAAAGAACCAAUAAAACGAUUAUCAUUUACUCCAAUCGAACCUCAAACGCCAUCAACAGAAGAAAUAGCAGAAAAAAGAGCACCAACCGUAACUUUAAUUGGAGAUCCUACAAGAGAAGUACCAUAUGGUGAGCCUUUACAGGUGCAAUGUAAAAUCAAUGCGUAUCCUGCGCCGAAGGUACAAUGGGUAGAUGAAAAAACUGGAUUGACCAUUUCAGAAAUGGCUGUAGAAGAAGAACUGCCUUAUGAUUACAUAAGUAUACUUGAUCUAGAGCAAGUGAAGAUCAAUACUUCUUAUCAAUGUCGAGCAUCUAAUGAAGUUGGCCAAGACGAUACCACAGUUACUGUGCGACCUAUUGAUAGAUUUGUAGCCUUGAACGUUUCUAAAGAUACAAGUAUUGACUACGACGAUGAAGGCAAGUUGUAUUGCAUAAUUGAUGCGAAUCCACCAGCACAGAUCACAUGGUAUCUUAACGGCGACUUGUUAGAUAAUGACGAAAAUUUAGAAAAAUCUGAAGAUGGGUCUGUCCUGAAUAUAAUUUACAUGAAACCAAAGUUCGAAGGAAAAUACAACUGCGAAGCUAGAAACGAGCUAAAAAGAGAGAUUUACUACAUAAAUCUCGUUAUGACAGGAACAGCUGUACCGAAAAUCGAUGAUUCCGUAAAUCAAGUCAACGUAACUAGGAAAGAAAAUGCUACAAUUAGUUGCAAGGUCAUUGAAGGCAUACCACAACCAGGUAUCCGAUGGAGUUUCAAACAUCGUUACGCUCAAGAGUUCGUUGUCCUUGAUAGUUAUUCAGAUAUACUUGAAAUAAGUAGCACAGACAUAAAUGCUGCAGGAACGUAUAAAUGUGAGGCGUUUAAUUUGUUCGGAAAAGCUGAACAUGAAAUAGAACUAGUAGUUAAAUAUCCACCAAAAAUAACAUCGAAAAGGCAUACAAUAAAAACUAAAUCAGGUGAAUAUGUUUACUUAACGUGCCAAGUGGAUGGAAUGCCGCGACCAAAUGUGAAAUGGACCUUCAAUGGAAUCGAGAUCAAGAAAUCUCUACGACAACGAAUUUAUAGAGACAACAUGUUGGGAAUGAAGGUCUCGAUUAAAGACUCGGGAACGUACAAUUGUACUGCUGUAAACGAGCUGGGAUCCGAUACUAAAAUUGUGAACCUUACAAUAUACGACCCAGUUAGAAUUACUCCACCAAUCAAAAGUACGUUGAAAACAAAAGUCGGAAGCACAAUUGUUCUACCAUGCGAGGCGUUUGGACAUCCUACGCCAAGUAUAAAAUGGGUUUUCAUUAAAGAGCAUGACCAUUCCGAGUUACUAAGACCUAGUGAUCCUUCGGGGUCACUGCAGGUGUCUCGAGUGCAACUCGAACAAAGUGGUCAAUAUUUAUGCAUUGCAGAGAAUAUAGGAGGUUCAAGUAAUAUAACUUACACGCUUCAAGUACUAGCUCCUCCUCAUAUUGUAAAGUCCUCAGUAUCUAAAAGCAUCACUGCUGUUGUCAACGAUUUAAUUUUGACCCUCCCUUGUGAAGCAAAAGGUAAUCCGAAGCCGACAAUUAUUUGGACAAAAGACGAACUCAGAAUCCCUUCAGGAACAUAUUGGCACGAUAUUAAGGACGAUGGUACUUUGGUAAUCAAGAAUGUUGAUGAUAUAACCCAAGGCAGAUAUGUGUGUAUAGCGGAAAAUUCCCUGGGCACCGACACUGAUUAUUUCGAUGUUUUGGUCCAGAAUUAUCCCGAUGCAAGUGAGAAACGUGGCGUUUUGGAUGUUCAACUUGGAAGAUCGACUAAAAUUUAUUGUGAUAUACCUCAUACGUCCACCGAUCGGUUAACUUGGUAUAAGGACUCAAUAUUGAUAGCAACCGGUGAAUUAUAUUUGAACGAUAUCAACAUGGGAGAUAAUGGACUUUAUACUUGCCGAGUUAACACCUUUUCUGGAGCAACAAGCGCCUCCAAGAUGGUGAACGUUGGUUUCCCGCCAUACUUCAAUGAAGCAGCCAGUGAAGUAAUAUAUUAUGUAGCGGACGCUGAGGCUUAUUUAUCAUGCCUCGCCACUGGUGUACCAACCCCAACUGUGACGUGGUUGCAUAAUGACAUACCAAUAGAGUUUACCGAGAUGGCUUACCGAUUUUAUAUGAGUUCAAAUGAUUUGGGACGUUUCUCGUGUACUGUAAGCAACAGUUAUGGAACAAUAAGUAGAGAUUUCAAUAUUAUUUCACAGUGCUCGUUUAAAGCUGAAAUGAAUCCUGAUAGCCCAACAGUUUCUGUAUUGGAUGCUAGAGAUACGACAAAGCCAGACGACGUUAUUGUAAAUAUUCCAGUAGGGGAAGAAAUAAUAAUCUAUUGUAUAAAAGGCUUUGAAAUAUUCCCUGGGACCGAAUUAAAAGCAACUUGCGUUCAAGAUACCAUGCUUAAGAUUGGAGAUAAGGAAAUUAAAUACAAUGAUAUAAAAUGUAGAAAAGAUGUAACACCGAUAACAAAACCAACUGGUAAACGUUGUAGUCCAACAAAACGCGAUACCGAAACAAUAAAGGUUGGAAUAGAAACAGAUGGAAAAUUCGAUGAAGUAUUUGAAAUAUGCUAUGAUAAAUUUAAUUCUAUACCUAUUUAUUCAACACAUAAGAUAAAUAGAUCUUUAGCGGGAGUAGAACCUACAGAUGUAAACUGGUACGAUAACGAUUUGGUAAGGUAUAAUUACGAUGAAUUAUACGAUUGUACAAAUCAAAUGUAUCAUAUCAAUGCAAUCAGACCGUUAGCGAGAGGUCUUGAGUGUUGUUUUACUAAGAGGAAAUUAGUUAAUCCGCAAGAUGUUUCCCCUGGCGUGUCCCAGAUCGCUACCUACAGUAAUUUGAAUAUAGUACCACAUUGGAGCACAUGCGGAACAAAGAAUUGGGACGAUAUUGAAAUGAGAAUAAGGAUAUUAGCAAAACCGCUGAACAGAAACUUGAUCGUUAGAACUGGUACGUCAGGACAACUUCAAUUUCCCACUACUUCAUUAAGGAUGCAGAACAUUUUCAUACAUGAUCGAUCCAACAAGCGACAGCCAGUUCCUAAAUUCUUGUGGAAGGUUGUUCAAGAUGAAUUUUCUAGGUCAUCAUUAGCCAUAAUUCAAGUCAAUGUUCCUGAUUUGAAACUAUCCGAAGCUCUUAGCUAUGUGGUGUGCAAAGAUAUUUGCAAUUUGGUCGAAUGGAUGAAAAGCCCAGUGUGGCGUGACGUCAAAUAUGGUUUCACUUAUUGCUGCACUAUAAAAGAAUUUGAAACAGCUUUUGGUUUAGAAGGACAAUUCAGUAUCGGUCUCGAAGGUAUAUUCAGUGAUACGUUAAUAAUACCAGAUACAGGGCGAGUGUAACCUUAACAAGUCCAAAAAAGUAUACAAUGAACAUUGUAACGAUAACAUUCUAAUGUUUACCACAGUUAUCCAAAUAUUAUUUUAAUCUUUAACCGUGGGUUUCUGAGAUCAAAAUAUCUCUA